AUGGGGGAUUCAGAAAAUGCUCAGCAACCUUCCAAAAAGAGAGCUGCUUUGAAGGAGAUUUCUCGUGAUAAUCCUGGUCUUGAUGAUGAAGAAGACUCAUCUGCACUCGAGAGUGGUACUUUCAAGACUGCAAGUGAGGAGGUGUUGGCAAGCAGAAGAAUUGUCAGAGUUAAGCGCAGAGAUCCAUCUGCAGCAGCUCCACCACCAGCAUCCAAUCCGUUUGCUGGAAUUCGUUUGGUCCCUACUGCACCUGCUCCUGCUCCUGCAGAGACGAUUAAACCUCUGCUUGAUUCAAAAUCUACUCCAUCUGAGGGAAAACAAGAGACAGCCAAGGAUGAUGGAAGAUCUGAUAUAACCAAGGAAAUUAUUGGUGGCGAGAAAGACAAGAGUGAAGCAGUUGAUACCGGAGAGGAUGGUGGAGCUGAAAACAAGAUUGAAGAAGAGACAAACACAACCACAAAAACCGAAGAUGCUGCUGGGGAAGAGACUGAAAAGGCCAAAGAUGACAACAGCAACACCGAUAAGGGGACUGACUCUGUUGACAAGGAUUCAAGCGCUGAUCAGACUGAGAAGGAGGGAAAAGAAGGUGAUGGAAAAGAAGACACAGAGAAGAACGGAGAUAGUGGAGCAUUGAGCUCUUUCCAUCAGCAUUCAAGUAGCAAAAACGCAUUCACCGGACUUGCAAGCACAGGUUUCUCUGCUUUGUCGUUCUCAUUCGGUGUGGUUCCACAGGAAGGUUCGACUGGCUCUGGUUCUGGGUCUCUGACGGAACAGUCAUCCUUUAGCUUUGGCCUGCCAAACAAUGGAAAGUCUUCUCUUUUCAGUACAUCUGGUUCUUCUUCCAUUACCACAAAGAGCGCAGGUACCACUACCGCCUUUCCAUCAAAGGAAGAGGUUUCUGUGGAAACAGGAGAAGAGAAUGAGAAAGCGGCUUUCACUGCUGAUUCAGUAAUGUUUGAGUAUCUCGAAGGAGGCUGGAAAGAGCGUGGGAAAGGAGAAGUCAAGGUAAACAUAUCGACGACUGCGAACAGAAAAGCCAGGUUAGUAAUGAGAUCCAAAGGAAACUACAGGUUGAUCUUAAACGCAAGUCUGUACCCGGAAAUGAAACUGGCAAGCAUGGAUAAGAAAGGAAUCACAUUUGCUUGUGUGAAUAGUGUAAGUGAAGCCAAGAACGGUCUCUCUACAUUCGCACUCAAGUUCAAGGAUCCAACUGUGGUGGAAGAGUUCCGAGCAGUUAUCGAAAAACAUAAAGAGAGUAAACCCGCCGUUGUAGAAGAAGCAGCAGCAGCUCCUUUGAAGACACCUGAGAACUCUCCGAGUGCUGAAGAUGCUUGA